GCCAACGACCAAGCUCAGCCAAUCAGAAACCAGAGUUUGUGCACGCGUUUGAAAAUCAGCUUGCUUGUUUCACAUCUAUCUCGGAGCACAAACAAAAAUCUAUAACGUUUUGUUUUUAAAUUAAAACAAUAAGUCAAGCACACGAGUGACCAGAAGUGAUUAAUCACGUCUGAAGGCUGGAGCUGUGACGUCCUUGUGCGCGUGAUGCCGUCCAGAACUGAAGACUAUGAGGUUCUGCUCACCAUUGGAUGUGGAUCGUAUGGGAAAUGCCAGAAAAUCAAGAGGAAAUCAGAUGGAAAGAUCCUGGUUUGGAAGGUGCUGGACUAUGGCACCAUGGCCGAGGCAGAGAAACAGAUGCUGGUGUCUGAGGUCAAUUUGCUCCGUGAGCUGAAGCACCCAAAUAUCGUCCGAUACUAUGACAGAAUUAUAGACCGGACAAACACAACGUUAUAUAUAGUGAUGGAGUACUGUGAGGGUGGGGAUCUCGCCAGCCUCAUCAACAGAUGCAUCAAAGACAGACGGUACCUAGAAGAACAAUUCAUCCUCCGUGUGAUGGCACAGUUGUCCCUGGCUUUAAAAGAGUGUCAUGGUAGAAGUAACGGCAGCAGUACAGUUCUACACCGUGACCUGAAACCCGCAAACAUCUUUUUAGAUGUCAAACAGAACGUAAAGCUUGGAGAUUUUGGUUUAGCUCGGAUACUGAACCAUGAUACAAGCUUUGCUAAAACAUUUGUUGGAACUCCAUAUUACAUGUCACCGGAACAAAUUAAUUGCAUGUCCUACAAUGAAAAAUCAGAUAUAUGGUCUUUGGGAUGUUUACUCUAUGAACUAUGUGCUUUAUCUCCACCAUUUACGGCAUACAACCAAACAGAGCUGGCCGGUAAAAUCAGAGAAGGAAAGUUUCGAAGAAUCCCAUACCGAUUCUCUGACGACCUGAACACACUCCUUUCAAAAAUGCUCAACUUAAAGGACUAUCUGAGGCCCUCGGUGGAGUCCAUUCUGCAGAACAGCUUGAUCUCGGGCUGUGUAGCCCAGGAGCAGAAGAGGCACAGAUCAGUGGACGUAGAGCAGCCCAAACAUCCAGAGCCGUCGCUUCUAGCAGAUCUGCGGCUAAAGGAGCAGAUUCUACGUGAGCGCGAGCAGGUCCUCAAAGAGCGAGAGCAGAGACUAGAGCAAAGGGAACAGGAGCUGUGUGUCCGAGAACAGCAGUCCAAUGAAAAGCUGGCCAGAGCUGAGAGCUUGUUGAAGGCAUAUAAUUUGGUCUGGCAGCAGAGGGCACUGUCUCUACUCAGUGCCAGUGACACAGAGAACGAAGAGAACCUCUCCCCAGGAAAGAAGCGGGUUCACUUUGCAGGAGACGGAAAGGAAAACUGCAGACCUGAGAGCAGACUGAUCGCUAAACCUCAAGAACACUGUCUUGUAAAGAGGCACCAAUGUGCUAACAUGCGUAUCCAAACUCUUGAUGAAGAGGAAAAGAUGCAUUCAGCAAAGCCCAGAGAAAUGCAGGGCAUCCGCUAAACAUGAACGACAAUUUACUACUGAAAGUGGUGCAUUAGUGUGAUCAAGAGUUUAAUUACAGUUGUUCACAUUAGGAAAUAAGCUUUUAUUUAUCUGCAGCAUUUGUACAGUACAGCGGAACAAAACUUUUGUGGACAUUACACUGGGUUAUUUCAUCAAAGAUAAUGUGCUGUAUUCUUGUCAUUUUAUAGAUAUUUUAUUACCUGGAUUGUUUUAUUGGGAUUUGCAAUUUUAUCAGAAUAAAGUGUUGAUU